CUGAAAUCUACCCAAAAGUGUAUCACAGCUGUUUCUUCAUUGUCACAUACUUUGCACCAUUAUGUCUCAUGGUCCUGGCGUAUAUCCAGAUAUGUCACAAGCUAUGGUGUCAACAGAUUCCCGGAAACACAUCAGUGUUGCAGAGGAAGUGGAGGUCCAUGCAGUGUUCAGGUCCCACUCCAGGGCUGGGAGAGUCCAUGAGGGUCAGGACCAGCACAGUUUGUGCUGAGAUCAAACAGAUCCGGGCCCGGCGCAAGACAGCUCGAAUGCUAAUCGUAGUGCUCUUUGUUUUUGCCCUGUGCUACCUACCAAUCAGCGUGCUCAAUGUGAUGAAAAGAGUCUUUGGGACAUUCAGGAGCACAAAUGACAGAGAGACAGUGUAUGCAUGGUUCACCUUUUCACAUUGGCUCAUAUAUGCCAACAGUGCAGCAAAUCCUAUCAUCUACAAUUUCCUCAGUGGGAAGUUCCGCGGGGAGUUCAAAACAGCCUUUUCUUGCCAUUGUUAUGGCAAAGGCCAAAAUCACACACAGAGGACACGGACCAGACCAAGCACAGACAGACGGAAAUCCCUGUCAACUCAAGUUAGCAACAUGGACAAUGUGUCACGCAUAUCAGAUCAGAUAGUGUAGUUUUAUAAUCCAGGUGGUGAGUUUUUCUGACCAAUUCAAGCAUCAGAUGACACUCUCAUCAUUAAGGUAGACAUUAUUUUUGUUUUAUGUUUGCUUAGUUUCACGAGGACACUUUAUGGAAGUUAAGAGCUUUAGCAAUCUGGGCACUGUUUUCUGAAGACCUUCUCACAUUAACACAAUCAGGAACACAGUAGGACAUGGCCUCCACUCAAAUGCACAGAAACUGUCUAUUUAUUAUUAAAGGACACCUUUUGAAUGUUUAGUAUUUAUUAACGCAUACCAUAUGUACUAUGAUACAAGGUUAAGUGAGUUUUAAUUGGACGUAUUGUAUUGUAAAUGUACUAUGUUGACUGCUCUGCAUACUGGAGAUGAACCUGCUGAUUCCAAUU